AUUGGGCGGUGACCCCAAAGCGGCAGAAUUUUUCAGAUUGGUCGCAUUGAACCUCACUUCAAGUACAAAAUACAGUCCUCAACAACCAUGGCGACCAUAACACCCACAUUGCGGCCAUUGAGCUGCUGGAAAUCCCUAUUUCGGCAAUCGAGACAACACAAGGCUAUCUCGAGGUCGUUGAGCACAUAUCACCACUCGAAGCCAGCGUCGCAGACCCCUCUUCAGACUCAAGGUCGGUCCUCCAUCGAUUUCUACAAUUGACACUCUUCAUGUACUGAUACCUUGAACAGCUGUCCGAAAAAUUAAAACAUACCCUCCACCAUCAUCUCCUGCCCAGAAAUACAAAGAACCCAUAAAAAACCUUCACGCCGAGCAGAUAGCGGUCCUCGAUCCAACUGGUGCCCGUACCAACCUAUUCUCCAAAACAAACCCGGAAGCAGCCAGAGUUGGCGAUAUUCUUCUCGUACGUCUUAAAACAGGUGACCCAUUUGCUGGAGUAUGCAUCAAUAUCCGAAGACGAGGUGUGGAGACCGGUAUCUUACUUAGAAAUGAGUUGACGAGAGUCGGUGUUGAGAUGUGGUAUAAGAUAUAUAGUCCAAAUGUGGAGGGUAUUGAGGUGGUACAGAGGAAGGCUAAGAGGGCUAGGAGAGCAAGAUUGACAUACAUGAGGAAGCCCAAGCAUGAUAUGGGUAGUGUGCAGAAUAUUGUCUUGCAAUACCAGAGAACGAGAGGUGUAUUAGGAAGACCCGAGGGUGAGAGGAGGCAAACUAGCAAGAAGAAGACAAAGGGAAAGAAGUGAACGGCCCAAGAGAGGUUAAAUAUUAUGCAUUGACUUGAUGAAACAAGAUACCACUUGUACAUUAUUGUCAUAUUAUUAGAACAUAAGGAUUUCAUGUUGUACCCAUUACCUUUGGUCUUUGCCAAGACCUGGAACAGGGGGUCAGUAUCCCUCCACAUUCCUCUUUUUAUCAUACAUAGCUCGU